ACAAAUUUUCGAUUUGUCAUCAGUAGAUUCACUUUAUGUCUGAGAAAGCAGCCAAGCUUAGUUCGUGGCACUUUUAAAAGGUCUUUGAUCUGAAAAAAAUUCACAGAAACGUUUCAAUCAGUAUAUUAAGUUUUUUAAAUCGCGGGAAAUUGUCUUCAUAGUUGAAAUCGUCGAAAUCAACAUGGCAGACGAUUGGGAAGAUGGCAGCUCCACAACAACUUCAUUUGGUGGUGGAUUUGGGGCAAGCAAAGGACGAGGCUUUGGUACCUGGAGUAGUAAUGACAAUUCGGUCGAUGAAGCUCCCAGACGAAAGGGCUUCGGAAGAGGAGGUUUUGGCCCUGCAAAUACAGACAGUACAUUGACAAAUGGCUUCGAAAGCGGCAACCAGGGUGCUUUUGGUGGAGGUAGAGGCUUUGGCCGUGGUGGCGGUGGCAGCGACAGUGAGAAGCCAGCAGCACGUGGUUUUGGCAGUAGUGGAGGGGGAUUUGGUAACAGAGCCGGUGGAUUUGGCCGCAGUGGUGGUGGCUUUGAUGAUGGAACUGAUGAUGAACCUCGAGAAAACGGAGGAGGCUUUGGUUCAAAGAAGCGUGGUGGCUUUGGUGGCAGUGGUCUUGGAGGAGGAGGAGGAGGAGGGGGGGGUGGAUUUUCAGGAGGUGAUGAUGGAGAAGAUGGUGGUGGGAGAGGAGGUGGAUUUGGUAGCAGUAGUGGUAACAGGAAGGGAGGUGGUGGAUGGCACACUGGCGGGGAAGAAGGGCACUUUGCAAAAGAAUACCCCAGCAGGAAAAGUGGUGGUGGAGGUGGAGGUGGAGGUGGAAGAGGGUGUCAUAGUUGUGGUGAAGAAGGGCAUUUUGCUCGAGAGUGUCCGACUAAAGAGCAAGAGGAAAACAAACCAGGUCCUGUGACAUAUGUUCCCCCAGAUCCAUCUGAGAAGGAGGAGGAGAUGUUCCGUUCCAUUGAGAGAGGCAUCAACUUUGACAAGUACGAUGAGAUCCCAGUUGAGGUUACAGGAAAAGGAAAAGAGACCAUAACACCAAUUCAAAGCUUUCAGGAAGCUAAUCUGAGAGAAUCUUUGUUAUUAAAUGUCCAAAAAGCAAAGUACACUAAGCCCACCCCUGUGCAAAAGUAUGCUAUACCCACAAUCCUUGCAGGAAGAGAUGUCAUGGCUUGUGCUCAAACAGGAUCCGGAAAGACGGCAGCUUUUCUCCUACCUGCUAUGUCUGGUAUACUGAACAGUGGAUUGGCCAGCAGUGAGCUGUCAGGCAUUCAAACUCCACAAGGUCUUUGUAUUUCUCCCACAAGAGAACUGGCUAGUCAAAUUUUUAAUGAGGCUCGAAAGUUUUCAUUGGGAACUAUGCUAAAGGCAGUGUGUAUUUAUGGAGGGGUCAGUGUUUCACAUCAUUUGCGACAAGUUCAACGUGGUUGUAACUUUCUAGUCGCUACACCCGGGCGACUCAAGCAUUUUGUUGAAGGAGGACAGGUUUCCCUUGAGAAGGUUCAGUAUCUGAUUUUGGAUGAAGCAGACAGAAUGCUUGACAUGGGAUUUGAGGCAGACAUUCGGAAAAUUGUGGAGACACUGGGAAUGCCUGAAAAGACAGAGAGACAGACUCUCAUGUUCAGUGCAACUUUCCCUGAGGAAAUUCAACGCCUGGCUGGUGACUUCCUCAAUGAUUACUUGUUCUUGACAGUAGGAAGGGUUGGUGGUACAACAUCAGACAUUCAGCAGACAAUCUUGGAUGUGCCAGAAAAUCAGAAACGAGAAAAGUUGACUGAAUUACUCAGCUGCUCAGGUACUGAUAGGACCCUUGUGUUUGUGGAAUCAAAGCGUGGAGCAGACUUUCUUGCAAGCUUGUUGUCGCAAGAAGGAUUUCCUACUACAAGUAUCCAUGGUGAUCGCCUUCAGCAGGAAAGAGAGGAAGCUUUAAGGGACUUCAGGCUAGGCCGCUGUCCAGUUCUUAUUGCCACAAAUGUUGCUGCCCGUGGCUUGGACAUAGAUGAUGUCAGGCAUGUUGUCAACUAUGACUUGCCAAAUGAGAUUGAGGAGUUUGUACAUAGAAUUGGUAGAACAGGACGUAUUGGGCAUGAAGGCAAGGCUACAACUUUCUUCCAGAAGGGAAAAGAUGAUAAGAUUGCCAGGGCACUUGUGAAAAUUCUGUCUGACGCUUCACAAGAGGUGCCAGAAUGGUUAGAGGAGAUUGCAGAGAGCGCAGUAGGCACAAGUUAUGGCCCAGCAGGAGGUCGUUUUGCAUCCAGAGACACCAGGAAACAGUUUGGCAACAGUGAUGGCUGGGGAGGAGAGUGGAAUAGUGAGGAAGCUAAUACUCAAACCAGCCAGAUUAAUGGCACUGCUGCCUGGUCUUCAGCUGGUGGUACAGAGGAAGAAGAGUGGUGAUUUUGCAUCUUUGGAUUAUUUGCUAUUGUUCUGUUACAUGCCAUCAAGUGGCAUGAAUACAGUUUUUACAUUGGUUACUUGGUUUCAGUUUAGCGUUAUUGAGAGUUUAUUGGAUUGGAUACAUGUACUUUACCUUAACGUUGUUGAGCUGAACUAUAAUGGAUUGGAGUUACAUACUAUUGACAACAGCUGGUGUCAAACCUUGGCUGAAAGAUGAGGAGAAUAAAAACUACUGCAAUUAUUUUUUACAUCACAGUGAACCAGCAUGUGUGAUGGAACAAGGGUAAUUGAAAAAUAUGAUCACUGGAUUCAUCAGAGCUGGACAUCUUCUGUUAAGUUCCAAACUGCUCAUCUCUUUUGUUGUGCAGUUGUUUUGGAACAUUGAUAGUUAACAGAGUUGUCACUUUAUGAAAAGUGAACCCACUUCACCAGAAGACUACAUGUAGCUUUUACAUGCUGCAGUCUGUGAUGCACCUGUCUGGACUGAUUACUACCUACACUUUACAUAGGAGAAUACUGAAAACAAAACUGAGAUUUCACACAGGACAAAACAUGCCACAGCUGCAAUGCAGGGUAUUAGAUCAAGGAAGUUAAUGGCAGGGAAAACUGUCAUUAACUAGAAAUGAUUAUGAGUUAGUCAUUCGGAUCAAAACCAGCCUAGACUUGCCAUCAAGGCUUUACAAGAGACUUGGCGGCAGUGUAGCCUGUUAGUGAUUUUUUUGCGUGCAGUCAUGGGGCAUUGUUUUUGCACUGUGCUCAUCUUGAUAUUCAUCAAUUGCUAUGAUGCAGUAGCAUUGAAUGUACAAUGACCAACUAUUUUCUUGGAGCCUGCUUCUAAUUAAAAUUGCAGCCAAGGAGCAAUAAUUUUUUAAACUACUUGAAAGCUGUGUCUCCAUAUGAACCUAAGAAUGGAUCUUCCUGGGGUGGAGACACUGUACCAUCUACUUCCAUGGACAGUGAGAAAACAAGAACUAUGGCCCUGUAAUGCAUCAACCCUUGGAAUCACCAGGUAUUUUAUUUGCCAAGUGAGGAGAAAUGGUUAAAUCCUAUGAAAUCCAAGUUAUUGUAGUGUGGUAUCAUAAAGGAGUCUUUCAAACAAAUGGGCUUCAUUCUACUUGGAACUGAUCCAGAUAAAAACCAUUUUAAUGCUGGAGAGUAUUUGGGUUGUUGCAUUUUCCUGCCUUUGGUUUUGGGUGAAAUAAUUUGCUAUUUGUGCUCAACUUUACAAAGAGGUAGGUCCUGUAUUACUAACUGAAAGUCCUCUCACAAGGGGCUGGUGACAAAAAAGUGAAACUUAUUGAAAGAAAUGCUGUGAUUGCCCACAACAAAAUAGCAGCUUUUGUGGUGUGCUGUAAACAAUUGACAAUUAACAUUGACUUGAACCCAAGAAGCUUCAAGAUAGAUUGGAGAAAUGCAAUGGCAAGCUCUCAAAGCUCAUGGAAUGUGAUGAUUCGUCAAUGGACAUGACUAAAACUUGAUGUAUUGUUCAGCAUCUUGCUCUUGAAGCCCUACAUCUGCUCACGACAUGUUAGCACUAUUUGAUUGGUUGCAGGGCUUCAACCCAAACUUUUUUUAAGUAAGUGGUACAUGUUUACAUUCAGCUUUUAAGAAACUGUAGAUUUGUUAUAGUUGAGUCAUAAAUAACAUUGUUUUGAGCCUAAAGGCACAUAAUUUUGAAGCAAACCAUAGAUUCAUUAAAGAUGUUUUAAAACUCUAGUUACCCAUU